CCAGACAGCCUCCAAUAUGUGUCACACCAGCUGCUCCUCAGGCUGCCAGCCAUCCUGCUGCGUGUCCAGCCCCUGCCAGCCAUCCUGCUGUGUGUCCAGCCCCUGCCAGCCAUCCUGCUGUGUGUCUAGCCUCUGCCAGCCAUCCUGCUGCAUGUCCAGCCCCUGCCAGACAUCUUGCUGCAGGCCUGCUAUAUGCAUUCCCAUUAGAUACCAGGUGGCCUGCUGUGUGCCCAUGAGCUGCAGGCCCACUGUGUGCAUGGCCCCCUCGUGCCAGUCCUCUGUGUGUGUGCCUGUGAGCUGCAGGCCUGUCUGUGUGACCUCCUCCUGCCAGUCAUCAGGGUGCUGCCAGCCCUCUUGCCCCACCCUGGUCUGCAGGCCUGUCACCUGUGGCACCUCCUCCUACUGCUGAGCAGUGUCUCCAAGCCAGCUGCUGCCAGAUGGGACACAGCUGUCCCCUCCGAGCUUCUGUCCUCCGGCUGCUGGUUCAGCAUGUGAGGUAGAUAGGAAGCCCGUCUGCCUACCCUGGGACUCUGGGGGCAGAACAUGGAAGAGUUAUCUGGAUUCCCCUCUCCUUGCCCUUUGGAAGGGUGACUCCAGGAUUGUCUAUAACUUUUAGUGCCAAAUAAACCAGUUUCUCCAGUUCAGCUCCACAUGUCUGUUCCGUUUCAUGUCUGUCUUCCUUGGCUGUUCUCAUGCCGGAAAAGAUGUAAGGUCAAUGUGUCUUAUGAUCCGGUGUCUCAGAGAUUCCUCAAAGUGUGAGACAGAGACCUUGGAGCACUUCCCUGCCAUGGACUCAAUCUCUCUCAUGGCUCCCUCCUCCCUUUCUGAAUGCUUCCACUGCAUGAGCUUCCUGAAUGGAGAAUGUUCAUGGUCCUCAGGCAGAAUUUCCUGUCUGGUGACGUAUUGUAUUGUGUGGGUCAAGGUGACACUUUCUCACCACAGGGAAACUUCUGAAUGCUGAAAUCUGAGGUGUGGAUCUGACCGUCAUUUUUCCACCUUCUCAUCACUGGUCCGCAGGUGCCCAUUUUCUUGUGACUGAUGGUCCAUUAUAUGUAAUAAAGACACUGCACAAACUGAGCACAUCAUCCUGUGACACCGAUGCUCAGGGCAGCUGCUUCUGCAGUGUGUGUUCAUAGUUCUGUGUUUUGAAUGAAUAUAUUUCUAUGUCCCUCGGGUGUGAGCAUUCAAGGGUAAAGUCCCUUUUGGCUAUCUUGUUGUGUCCAGGGUAACAUCCCUCUGCAUAGUAUUGGGGACAGUCCUUACAUUUCUCUGAGUUGCUUCAUCCCGGGUGUUUUACUGUGUCAUGAGAUCGCUCCCUGCAGAGGUUCCUGGGAUAGAGAGUCCUGAGGGUGUCAAGAUUUGCUUUGGUAUUGAGACAUGUCCUGGACCCGUUCCGCUGUAAAGUUCUUGCUGCUGGCUGCUGUGUGCCUCACACUUUUCCUGGUUAUUUGUAGGCCGGUGAUGAGAUGAGAGUCGUAGAAUGAUUUUGCACCCCAACAGCCAAGGUGGCCUGUGGCUUGCUUGUGUACUUAACAUGGCGGCUGUGGAUGGAUCUGAGCCAGAAGGGAACCAGUCAGCAUGAACUAACUUUUCCGAAUACGCACACUCUUUGGCAUGCAUCCUCCAGCACCCAUGUGCUUACCUUCUCACAUGUACACACACACACACACACACACACACACGUGCGCGCGCGUGUAGCUGCACUUUUGCUACUCUGUCAGCUGUAUUUCCCAGCCACUUCUGCUAGAAGGCGUGGAACACAGACCCGAAGGCUCUUUGCCCCUUUAGUGUUAGUUGCUUUUCACACUGAUGAAAAUCCAAAACAAAACAGCUUAAAAGAGGAAGGAGCUAUUUUGGCUCACGGGUUUAGAGAGCUCCCUCUGUUGUGACUGAGGACAGAAUGGAGAAGUCCAUAUCGUGGUGGACCAGGGUUGGGGGGCAUGGGACUCUGGUGCUCUGUUGUCCUCUCUCUCCUGCCUUUACUCACUUCAGUCCCCAAGCCUAUAGGAUGGUGUCACCUACCUUCAGGGAGGCUCUUCCCACCUCAAUUAUUCCUGUCUAGAAAAGCCUUCAAAGACAUGUCCCGUGACUUGCUUCAGUCUCCUACAAGAGUCUAAAACCAGUCAAGUUGUCCAUGAAGGCUAACAUUUGUAUGUCAUCCAAGGUCAACUUGAUAUCCAAUUCAGACCAUUGCACCCCUGGUUCAUGUCCACAAUGAAAUGAAAAUCAUCCCUUCCAUCUGCAGUUCCCAAUAGUCUUAGCAGUUUCAACAGAGCUCAAAUGAUACGUUUCUUUAGUGGUUCAAAGAAAACUAUCUUUAAAAAAUAAUUUCUAUGUAUUCUUUGACAGUAUUAUAUAUGUAUUUUGCUCAUCUUAACCCAUUCCCCUCUCUCUUCCCACACUCCCUCUCUCUGCUCCACUCUUUCUAACAUGUUCCCCUCCUAUUCACUUUUAAUAACCCACUGAAUUUAAUUAGGCUUGCAGGAGCAUGUGCAGGGCUGUGGAACUAUUUACUGACUUGGGGGUAAGUACCUGAGUGGCUACCUUCCUGAAGAAAAUGACUCCUACUCCCCCAGCAGCCAAUAACAGCCAAUAAAUAGCUCCUCAGCCAAGGGUGGGGCCUCCCAAGCUCCUCCCCAGCCAUGCUGGAAUAUCGACUUGUCCAGGUAACCUCUCUGUGGCUGUGAGGUCAUGAGUAUAGCAGCCACGGUGUGUCCAGAAGACAGCGUUUCACAGCACUUGUUCUCUGGCUCUUCCCUCUCCAUCUUGUCUCUUGCAUCAUUCUCUGAGCCUUUGAGUAGAGAGAAUAUAGAUGUUCCCUCUAAGGCUAAACAACCAACAGUCUCUUAUUCUCAGCACUUUGACCAAUUACUGAUCUCUGUAUUCAUUGCUUCCCACUGCAAGCAGCUUCUACAAAGGCUGAGAACUGCAUCUGUCUAUGGGUAUAAAUGUAACCAUUUGGAAGACACUUUGACAGCAUGUCCAUUUAUAAAAACAAUGCUAGUAGGUUUCCUCGAAGUAAAGUCUUAGCCAUGAGUUCCUAUACUAUCAAAAUCAAGUUACGUGCUUAAAACAUCCUAUGCCAGAGUGUACAGCCCCAUGCCAAAGGGAUGAAAGGGGCACAGAAAUGAGAAAAUCAACCGGAGCUCAGCAGGGCUGAUAUCAGACCUAUAUAGCACAAUGUUGGGCAACCAAGAUAAGUAGCCGAGGGUGGGGCUGUGAUGUGACCUCGCAUGGCCUCGGACUGUUCCUGUUGGAGUCCCCACUGACUCUCCAUAGAUAUGACCCUUCCCCUUUUAUGUAUAUGAACACUCUAUCUGCAUGUAUGCAUGCAUGCCAGAAGAGGCCAUCAUAUCCCAUGAUAGACGGUUGUGAGCCACUAAGUGGUUGCUAGGAGUUGAUUCAGAAGCUCUGGUACAGAGGCCAGUGCUCUUACUGUUGAACCAUCUCUCCAGUC